UAAUUUCAGAUCCACUCUGUCCGCAGAGCUGCCUUCCGCUGAUGUCUCCAAUAAUUCGCAUCGGGGACUCGCUCGAUCAGGCGCCCCCGGAACAUUGUGUCGACGACCUCACUAAGAUGAAUACACGCUGCAUUUACUCCUGGAACCGCACCGAGCUUUUCAGGAGAAGUCAACAUGGACGCCGACGAACCCAAUGACAUGGUCCAUCAUGACCACCAAACGCCGCCGAGCCAUGGCCCUGGCUUCUACCGUCACGAAUCAAAUCAUAGUCUCGCAAGCGUCUUUGAGGAUGUGGAAAUGGCCCAAGAUGAACUCUUUUCAGGACCUAUGGCCGAGUCUCUUCCUACCAGUGUCUCUGCCUUCAGCCACCGCCGCGCGCGCGCCGACUCGACCACGAGCUUCUCCUUCUACCAAGAGGAAGAUGAGACCGAGGAGCCCGGGGUCCCUUUACCAGAGGUUGGCGGGCGCCCCUCAGUCGGCGAUCUUGAUGAGCUGCCGUUUGAAGACGACUUUGUGGAACAGGAAGACUCGACCGACCUCGAGAACAACGCCGAGGAUAAUGACUAUGUGCUCCAUCGCCGGACUUCAACGCAGUCAAGGCAUUCAACCCAGUCAAGGGAUUCGGUGCGCAGCAGAUUGCUCCGGCGGGACAGUGGCGUGUCAGCUGGCAGCGGAUAUGGCGCAAACCGCUGCAGCCAAAAGGUGUACAUGGUGAACGAGGACCUGUAUAUUGUUAUCGCAGGCUUUCGAACCAGUUCCCUGGGACUCGCAGCAUAUAUCCUACUCUGUAUCGGGACUCUGGGUGUGGCGUGGCUUUUCUUCCGCUGGAUGCCCAGAUGGCACGUCAAGUUAGUCGGCAGGCCAUCACCCCUAUGCGAUUGCCAAUGGGUCGUUGUCGAGAACCAGUGGAAUGAGAUGGCAAUUCUGGAUGUGGAGUCGAGGCCAUAUGGGCGGCCGUUAUCAACCGUGUUCGGCGCCCCUAAAAAGCUGACAUCGUACCUCCUGGACGAAGAUCAGGACCCUAUUUUGCGGGAUCUCCGCAUGAUCAACUAUCGUUAUGUCCGCUUCUAUUUCAACCCCGCCAAAGACAAGUUUCUUCUUUGCAACGGGUGGAAAGACCCCCUGUGGUCAGACGUCCGAGAGAUUCGCGCCGGCAUCGACAGCGAAGAAAAGAGCCAUCGUGAUGUCGUUUUCGGAAGCAACCUCAUCGACAUUGAGCAAAAGUCGGUCUUUAGACUUCUCGUUGACGAGGUCUUCCACCCUUUCUAUGUCUUUCAAAUUGCCAGCCUCGUUCUAUGGUCUCUCGAUGAGUAUUACUACUACGCCAUUGCCAUAUUUCUUAUGUCUGUUGGCAGUAUAACGACAACUCUCAUCGAGACCAGAUCGACUAUGAAAAGACUUCGUGAAAUAUCCCGGUUCGUGUGUGACGUUCGGGUUCUCCGAAACGGCUUCUGGCGGAGCAUCUCGUCUAGCGAUCUAGUUCCCGGUGACGUUUACGAGGUCAGCGAUCCAAGCCUCAGCCUCUUCCCAGCAGACAGUCUGCUCCUCAGCGGGGAUUGCAUCGUCAAUGAAAGCAUGCUCACUGGCGAAUCGGUACCCGUGUCCAAAACGCCGGCAACCAACGAGACACUGCAAGGUCUGGACCUGGCCGCAUCUACCGUCCUCCCCGAGGUCGCAAAGCACUUUCUGUUCUGUGGGACCAAGAUCGUGCGCGCUCGUCGACCUCAAGAAGGCCAGGACGAAGAAGCCGUUGCACUUGCUAUGGUGGUAAGGACGGGAUUUAACACCACCAAAGGUGCCCUGGUCCGCUCAAUGCUAUUCCCCAAACCUUCUGGUUUCAAGUUCUACAAGGAUUCGUUCCGCUACAUCUCCGUAAUGGCAUGCGUGGCGAUCCUCGGAUUCACGGCGUCGCUGGUCAAUUUCAUUCGGCUCGGGCUGGAAUGGCAUUUGAUUGUAAUCCGCGCCCUGGACCUUAUCACCAUCGUGGUUCCGCCAGCCUUGCCCGCAACUCUCACCAUUGGCACCAACUUUGCUCUGGGACGGCUAAAGGCCAAGCAGAUAUUUUGCAUUAGUCCGCAGAGGGUCAACGUCGGUGGCAAGCUCGACUUGAUGUGCUUCGACAAGACCGGUACCCUGACAGAAGAAGGCCUCGACAUUCUUGGUGUCCGUGUUGCUUCGAGAGCAAACAAUAGGUUCGGCGACCUCCUAACAGAACCCCACGACCUUUCGCCCGAUCACGCCCAAGAUGGCCAAGGUAAAGACGAUAUCAAGACUCGAGAAGCAGCACUCUAUACCAUGGCAACUUGCCAUUCACUCAGAACUGUGGAUGGGGAACCGGUUGGGGAUCCCCUUGACCUCAAAAUGUUCGAGUUCACGGGCUGGUCCUUUGAGGAAGGGAAUCUCGGUGGUGCUAGUGCCGAUGAUGAAGAACAAGGCAAUCUUCGUCCUUCAAUUGCCAGACCACCGCAGGGGGUCAGGUUCCCUGCGGCUAGUGUUCAGCAGGCUUCGGGACAAGAUGCUCCGUUAGAACUCGGCGUUCUCAAGUCGUUCGAGUUUGUCUCACAACUACGACGCGCCAGCGUCAUUGUACGGACUUUCGGCCAGCAAAGCGGAGACAUAUAUGUCAAGGGAGCGCCGGAGUGCAUGCGGGAGAUCUGCCGGCCAGAGUCAUUCCCGGCCGACUAUGAGGAGCUUUUGUCACAGUAUACUCAUAAGGGGUAUCGGGUGAUUGGGUGUGCCACCAAGCAUAUCAAGAAGCUCAGCUGGGUAAAGGCCCAGAAGAUGAAGCGGCACGAGGUGGAAUCGGAUCUAGAGUUUGUUGGCUUCAUCAUAUUUGAGAACAAGCUGAAGCCCACGACGGCCUCCGUGCUCAAGGAGCUUCUAGAGUCCAACAUUGGCACCGUGAUGGUCACCGGAGACAAUAUUUUGACAGCCAUCAGCGUGGCAAGAGAGUCAGGGAUGAUCAGCAAGACAGCUCAUUGCUUUGUGCCUCGGUUCAUCACAGGCCACUCGAGGGAUCCCAAUGCCAGUCUACAGUGGGAGAGCAUUGACAACCAAAUCUUUCAACUGGACGCCAAGACGCUGUUGCCGUUGCCGCCGCCGCCCGAGGCGGAUGCAUCACUGCCAUACGACAUCUCCAACCUUCGCAACUACUCCCUCGCCGUCAGUGGUGACGUAUUCCGUUGGGUAAUCGACUUUGGCCCGCCAGAGGUGAUGCGGCGGAUGCUGGUUAUGGGCAAGGUCUUUGCACGCAUGUCUCCAGACGAGAAGCAUGAACUGGUGGAGAAGCUGCAGAGCAUCGACUACUCGUGCGGCUUCUGCGGCGACGGGGCGAACGACUGCGGCGCACUUAAGGCGGCGGACGUGGGAAUUUCACUCUCGGAAGCCGAAGCCUCGGUUGCGGCGCCUUUCACGUCUCGGGUUUUCGACAUUCGGUGCGUGCCCGAGGUCAUCCGUGAGGGCCGAGCGGCACUUGUAACGAGUUUCAGCUGCUUCAAGUACAUGAGCUUGUACUCGGCUAUCCAGUUCACCUCUGUCAGUUUCCUAUACGCGUCUGCCUCGAACCUAGGCGACUUCCAGUUUCUCUUCAUCGACCUGGCGCUCAUUCUGCCCAUCGCCGUGUUCAUGAGCUGGGCCGGCCCGUUCCCUGAGCUAAGCCGCAAGAGGCCAACCGCAGAUCUAGUAUCGCGGAAGGUCCUUACGCCAUUGCUAGGCCAGAUAUAUAUCUGCAUACUAGUCCAGGCGUUGGUGUUUGUGUCGGUGCGACGGCAGCCAUGGUUCAUCCCACCCAUCAUCAACCGCAAGAAAUCGAACAUUGAGAACUCAGAGAACACAGCACUCUUCUUGACUUCCUGUUUUGAAUAUAUUUUGGCUGGAGUGGUGCUCAACGCCGGCCGCCCCUUUAGACGGUCCGGCCUGCACAACUGGCCAUUUGUCGUCACAAUAUCCGUCACCCUCUGCUUCACGCUGUUCAUGGUCUUAAGCCCGCCUCGCUGGCUGACGGAUAUUAUGCAACUCACAUAUAUCAGCUGGGACUUCAAGGUCUUCAUUGUCGGGCUUGGUAUGCUGUACCUUGCGCUGGCGUGGACUGGCGAACACUGGGCGUUCCAGCCGCUCGCGCGCCUUAUCGGCCAGCUGAAGCAGUCUGUGUUCAAGCGCGCGAAGCAGAGGAAGCAGUACAAGCUGAUACAGGAGCAGAUGCUGUUUUGAAGGCUUGGUGUGCGGGUCCUGUCUGGAUAGUGAUCCCGUUGUAUGAUAGAUCGUUGAGGGCUCGUCGUGGCCCAAUCCAUGACCAGAUUUCCGAUUGUUGAGCCGGAGGGCCACUGUUUUGAGAGAUAGGAUAGAAGUCAUCGGCUCUAUUUCUGUUCCGUAAAUAUCCAUUGAGUUGUGUCAUGAAUUGUGCCUGGAUCCCACAACACAUAUGAGAUAAUAGUACAGGCCACAUGAAUUGGAUAU